UGCAGAUGUGAACUGCCUGCACGGGACGCUGAAGCCGCUGCACUGCGCCUGCAUGGUGGCUGACGCCGACUGCGUGGAGCUGCUGCUGCAGAAGGGAGCGGAGGUGAACGCCCUGGACGGGUACAGCCGCACCGCUCUGCACUACGCGGCCGAGAAGGACGAGGCGUGCGUGGAGCUGCUGCUGGAGUUCGGCGCCGACCCCAACGCGGCCGACGGCAACCGCGACACCCCCCUGCACUGGGCGGCCUUCAAGAACCACGCCGAGUGCGCGCGGGCGCUGCUGGACGGCGGCGCCCUGGUCAACGCGCGCGACUACAACGCCGACACCCCGCUCAGCUGGGCCGCCAUGAAGGGCAACCUGGAGAGCGUGGCCGUGCUGCUGGACUUCGGCGCCGAGGCGCGGGUGCGCAACCUGAAGGGGCAGAGCCCGGCCUCGCGCCUCGUGGCGCUGCUGCUGCGCGGGCUGGGCUCCGAGCGCGAGGACUCGUGCCUGGAGCUGCUGCGCCGCGCCGCCGGCCACCUGGAGCCCUGGGAGGCGGCGCGGGACCGGGACCCGCGGCUCGGGGACAGGCUGGGCACGCUGGGCACCGCCCCCGGCAGCCUGCAGGGCCUGGCGCGCUGCGCCGUGCGCCGCAGCCUCGGCGUGCGCUUCCUGCCUGAGGCCGUCGAGCAGCUGCCGCUGCCCACCAGCCUCAAGGAGUAUCUGCUGCUGCUCAGCUGAGGGACACAAAUCCUGAGCAGCCUCCUCAAGGAGUAUCUGCUGCUGCUCAGCUGAGAAACACGAAUCCUGAGCAGCCUCCUCAAGGAGUACCUGCUGCUGCUGAGCUGAGGGACACAAAUCCUGGAGCAGCCUCCUC